AUGAACCAGAGAAUCUCUGGAAGGUGGAUGUUACGACUGCUGAUGCUAACUUCAGCUAUGUGCCUCGCUGUUUUGGACUCAGCUCUGGUGCAGAUACGGUACACCGUGCCAGAAGAGCAGAAGCGAGGCGCUUUUGUUGGAAAUAUCACCGAGGACCUAGGCUUGGAAAUUGCUGCGCUGUCCUUACGCAGAUUUAGAAUAGUUUCUAGUAUUAAAAAGCAGUAUUUGGCAGUCGAUUUGGAAAAUGGAAUUUUAUUUGUUUUUGAGAGGAUAGACCGAGAGGAAAUGUGUGAGCAAAAUCCGACUUGUUUUUUCUAUUUACAGGUGGUCAUUGAAAAUCCGUUUGAACUCUAUAGGAUUGAAGUGGAAGUUCUGGAUGUGAACGACAACGCACCCAGAUUCCCUCAGAGCGAAGUAACCUUGGAGAUACCCGAGUCGUCUCUCACCGGCUCCCGCUUUCCACUGGAAAGCGCACAGGACAUGGAUGUUGGCGUUAACUCCCUGAGCAUCUAUCUGCUCAGCGUUAACGAGCAUUUUGCGCUGGAGGUGCUGACACGCAGCGAUGGUACCAAGUUUGUGGAGCUGGUGCUGGACAGUCCGCUGGACAGGGAGAAGCAGACGACCCACCAAAUGGUGUUGACAGCAGUGGAUAGCGGCACCCCGGAGAAAUCUGGUACUAUCAAGAUCGUAGUAUUUGUGGUAGAUGCUAAUGACAAUGUUCCCGUCUUUGAUCGUUCUGUCUACCGGGUGAAGUUGUUGGAGAAUCCACCGCAGGGCACAACUGUCAUUAAGCUCAACGCUUCAGACUUGGACGAAGGUUCCAACGCGGACAUCUCUUAUUCUUUCAGUGGGCACUCACCGUUAAAAGUACGUGAUUUGUUUGAAAUGGACCCUUCCACGGGUGAAAUCAGAGUAAAAGGGAUUUUAGAUUAUGAAAAGGCCAAAACGUACGAAAUAUACGUCCAAGCUAAAGACAGGGGUCCAUCGGCAGUCGCCGUGUACUGCACAGUACUCGUCGAUGUUUUGGAUGUGAACGACAAUCGUCCAGAUGUUUUUCUCACUUCAGUCUCUAUGACUAUUCCAGAGGACGCAUCUCCCGGCACGGUAAUAGCUGUCAUUAGUGUUAUGGACCGUGACUCUGGUGAAAAUGGGAAUGUGAUUUGUCACAUUCCCAGAAAUACACCUUUUGAACUUCUCAGCUCCUAUAAAAAUUACUACACACUGAUCACGAGCGAUUUCCUUGACAGGGAAAUCAUGGCCGAAUACAACAUCACGCUUAGCGCUACGGAUCUGGGCACACCAUCACUCUCUACAACAAAAAGAAUCUCAAUUCAAGUCUCUGAUAUCAACGACAAUGCUCCCGUCUUUGCGCGCCAGUCAUACACGGUCUACGUUACUGAGAAUAAUGCACCGGGAGCUUCCAUUUUCUCAGUGACAGCCGUUGAUCCUGAUUGGGACUAUAAUGCUUGUUUGUCCUACUAUAUUUUGGGGGGUCAGAUUCAAGAUAUGCCCGUGUCCACUUACGUCUCAAUCAACUCAGCCAAUGGAGACAUCUAUGCAUUGCGCUCCUUCGACUAUGAGCAAUUCAGAAAGUUUCAGUUUCAAGUUCAGGUCCAGGACGCUGGCUUGCCGCCCUUGAGUAGCAAGAUCAUGGUAAAUCUCUUUGUUUUGGAUCAAAACGACAACGCCCCGAUCAUCAUAUCUCCCUUGCCCACAAAUGGCUCGUUCGCCACGGAGACUGUGCCCAGGUCAGCAGAUGCGGGCUAUCUGGUGGGAAAAAUUAUUGCGACAGACGCGGACGCAGGGCAGAAUUCGCGUCUCUCCCACCAGCUUAUGCAGGCGACAGAUCCAACAUUGCUUAGUCUUGCCCUGUACACAGGGGAAAUUAGGACAAUUCGAAGGCUGACAGACAAAGACGCCAGAAGACAAAGAUUAAUAAUUUCGGUCAAGGAUAACGGUCAACCCGCCCUCUCGGCUACAAUUUCAAUUAUCGUGUCAGUGGUCGACAGCGUGCCAGAGUCCCUGUCUGAUCUGGACGACCUCUAUGCGGCUCCGCCACCAGCUGCUAGUCUUCUUCUGUACAUGAUUGUUUCCUGUGGUGCCCUUUCGUUAGUAUUACUUGUGGCUAUAAUCGUCCUAAACUCCAUUAAAGGAUACCGGAUCAAACACUCCACUGAAAGCCGUGACCUCACCUGGGGCUCGUGCUGUGGGGUCGGAUCUGGAGACUCCAAUGAAAAUGUAAAAGAAUCCAACCUGCACAAACCAGUAUCUGCGAGAGCCACGGCAUCCGCCGGGUUUAGUGAACUAAAAAGUAGCUGCACUCAUACCCAUGCGUCCUGUUUGCAAGUGUGUUUGACUCCGGGGUCAGUGAGCAGCGAUUUCAUGUUUCUAAAAGCUGGCAGUCUGACCCAGAUCAAGAACAAUGCGAAAGGAGAUGACUGUCCAGAGCUGAGCUGGAAAACUUUUAACAAAGGAGCAGAAUCACCCUACAAGUUUAAGCAACUGAACAUGGACUGUACUUUGUCCUCACAUCAACAGAACAUUAUUUUGAAAAGGUACAGCUCCGUCAGCAUGGACAGAACUCCAGUGCAGAAGGACCCGGGAAUUUUUGUUGACCACAUCACCAAUCACUGUUGGACGUGGGGGACUCAAUUGCAAGACCCCAUGACCGGUGCCCUCUCCAGCAGCGCCCAUGACCCGCGUUUGGAGGCGUGCUACGCAUCUCACAUGCUACCUGACUAUCAGCAUAACGUGUACAUCCCUGGCACCCCCCACAGCGACCUAUACGUCCACAGCUCUUUCUCUACCUUUGGGAAGAAAACUUCAAUCACAUCCAACUUUGAGGCCAAAGGGGUAUCUGUGACCGUUUUAAACAAAUAAUUGAAACCUACUGCUUAUGGAUUUUCUGUCCCUUGGAAAACUUCAGGUAGCCUCUGUCUGUCACUGAUGCUGUCAUAUGACUGCAGCUCAAGGUUACCUCCCUUAACGUGGCAUUAAAGGAGACUGUGUGGAGGUUACUGGGGCAUGACCUGCCUUGUAUGUGCAUAUUUUGUAUGGAUG